AUGCAAGCACAGUUGGGGUCGAAGUCCGUCAUCGAACACCAAAUGCAGGAUUACGACUUUGUGGGAUGGUCCUUUUACGGUAUUACGACAGAUGACGAUUCAGACAAGAGAAUCAACGUUCAGUGUCCUAUAGUCGUAUUCGGAAGAAGUGUUGAUCGACGCAGGUCUACUACAGACGACUGUUCCCGAGAUCAGGGGCCUGAUGAUUUGGGACCGUCAGUUAGAAGAGCGAAGGGUCCAGCGCGAUGGCACAGCUACACGCAUUACUGUGAUUAUCGAGGUCGAUGGCGAGCGCUCGAGAUCAAGGUCCUGAAGAAGUUGAGCCAUCGCCAUAGGGUCCUACUCAUCGGCUCAUAUGCCCAUAAGGGAUCCGUCGGGUUGUUGUUGUACCCAGUAGCGGUUUGCGACCUUGGCACCUUCUUCGAGGAUGCUAAGGCAUACUUACAAGACAACGCGGCCGAUGAUCAAGGAUUGCGGAUUCGGAAGCUCGGAUGCUCUUCAGGAUCAUCCUUGAAGCACAAAGCGUGGCCUAUCUACUCGCAAAUCGGAUGCCUCCUUUCGGCUGUCGCCUAUCUACACAGCCAAAACAUCCGCCACAAAGACAUUAAACCCUCCAACAUCCUUCUGUCACGAAGUCGGUUCUGGCUAAGCGACUUUGGGUUGGCUCGGGACUUCUCCGACCUCUCCGAUAGUGGAACCGAUGGUGGUGCAGGAACAGUACGCUACAAAGCACCAGAAGUAGCAGACUUCGAGCGUAGCGGUCGGGAAUCAGAUAUGUUUUCACUUGGAUGCGUGCUUCUUGAAGCCAUGGUCUUUGAUCAAGACGGAACGUUGCAGCGCCUAAGGCCUGAAUCUCCAACUGCAAGGUUCGUAUAUCAUGAGAACCUGGACAAACUCAACUAUUGGCUACCAUGGCCUGGAGACCUUAAUCUUGUCAAGCACCUCCUGUGUCUCGCAAUUCGGAGGAGUUUGCUCUCAAAGUUUCCAAAGCAGCGACCCGGUGCGGACGAGCUCGUUUCACGAAGCACCCCAUGUGACAACACGAUGGAGCACGCACAAGACCAGAUAUUCUCCGACUGUUUGUCGCAUAUCAUACUUCACUGA